CACAUCGCGUCUCUGCUCUAAUCACCACGAUGGCCGACCGCUCUCGACGUGAAAAAGUGUCCAAGCUCGAUAAGCUUGCCGAAUACAAACUUGCUAGGCAAGGUGGAGGUCGCGUACGACGGACCGAAGACGUGGACCUUUAUGACGAAGUCUCCGAGGAGCAGUACAGAAGCAUCGUACGUGGGCGGCUGCAGAAGGACGACUUUGUUGUGGACGAUGGCGUUGAUGGGUACGCGGACAAUGGCAUUGAGGACUGGGAUGUACAAGAGGAACACGACUACGACUCGGAGGAGGAAAGCGCGUCCAAGAAGAAGAGCAAAGCGAAAAACGCGUCCAACAAGUCGAAACCCAAGCUUCCUCCUCCGAAGCCAACAAUGGCUGCUUACCGACCCGCCAUCUCCAAGGAGGAUGAGAGCGAUUUCCUGGCCUCUCUUAUGGGAGAAAUGGACUCUAUGCCUGUCGAGUUACCGCUUCCGCCACCAAGAUCGCGCAAGCGAAAACCAUCGCCUGCCUAUCGUCCUACGUACUCGUACGCCGACAUGUCUUCUGAUGGCCUCGUGCCCGAGCCAUCGAGCGACGACUUGGGAUUCAGUCCUCAAAAGAGAGUCAGGAUAGAUAACGACGAUAUCAUCCCUGGAGUGGAUCGCCUGGCCGUUGACAGUGGUUCAGAAGGCUUUGAUGACAUCGACAUGACUUCAUUCAACGACUUCGACGACCUUGACGAUGACUUUGCCAUGGAAGUCGAUGAGAAGAAGCCCCGACUUCACAUCCCCAAGGUCGUUGCCAAGACUUCUGCUGUAAAGAAGGAGGAGGAAGUGACUGCUGCAUGGCUUGCUACAUAUCAAUCUCUGUCGGCCAACCCCCCUGACGAGAUUGGGAUUUCAUCGAGCUCUUCCGGCCCCAGUAAUGUCGAUGCUCUUGAGCCUGACGGAUCGCUGCGUUUCUUCUGGCUGGAUUACCUGGAGAACGAUGGACGUUUGUACUUCGUCGGCAAACUCAAAGACAAGACGACGCAGAACUGGGUAUCUUGCUGCGUCACGGUCGAGAACCUGCAACGCAAUAUCUUUGUCUUGCCUCGCACGAAACCGGACGAGUUUGGCGACGUUCCAGGUCUACAGGAUGUGUACAACGACUUCGACAUGUUGCGGAAGAAGAUGCAGGUUUCUUCAUGGAAAGGCAAGUUCGUCAAAAGAAAUUACGCGUUUGGAGAGGUGGAUGUACCGAGAGAAGAGACUCAGUGGCUCAAGGUUGUCUAUGGAUUCAAUGAACCCCAGCUGCCUAUCACGGAUGCCGAUCCUAGCCCAAACAUUGCACGGAUCUUCGGGACUAACACAAGCGCGUUUGAGCUGCUCGUGAUGAAGCGCAAGAUCAUGGGUCCAUGUUGGCUUGAAAUCAAGAAUCCUGUGAUUGAACACAAGAAUUUCUCGUGGUGCAAACUGGAGGUCACUGUUACCGAUCCCAAGGACUUCAAUCCUUUUGCGAAAACAGACCAGAACGCACCUCGAGAGACUCCGCCGUUGAACGUGACGAGCCUGAGCGUGCGGACAGUCGUCAACCACCAGGAGAACAAACGCGAGGUCGUCUGUGUGACAGCCAGGACAUGGCAUAACUUGCUCAUCGAUGAUCCAAAACCUCCAGAGGAGCUUCCAUGCACAGUACAAACGUUUGUCAGGCCAUUGGAGAAGUUUCCGUUCAGUUUUGAGGCUGCCGCGAAAGCUAACGGCAAGGGCGCUAUCACGACUGUCAAGAAUGAACGGAUGCUUCUGAGCAGUCUUUUAAAUUCGCUAUAUCGAUCCGAUCCUGACGUUAUUAUUGGGCACGAUUUUCUCGGAGUUUCGCUCGAUGUGUUAUUGCAUCGUAUGAAAGAGCUAAAAGUGGACCAUUGGUCUCGCCUUGGUCGUUUCAGGCGAUCAAGGUGGCCCAACAUCGGCAAGCAAGGCUCGAACAUCAAGUUCCUGAGUGGUCGACUGCUUUGUGACUUGGCUAGCGAUGGAGCGAAGUCCAUGAUCACCUCCACGACCUGGUCUCUGACGGAAAUGUGCAAGACACAUCUUAACUCUGUGCGGCAGGACAUCGACCCUGACGAUACGGCCAACUACUUCGAUGGUGAUGUAAGCAGUCCGGAGAGGCUUCUUACAUUUGUACGGCACUGUGAGCUAGACGCCCACUACCACAUGGCGAUCGCGGAUAAAGUGCAGAUUUUGCCGUUGACCAAGCAGCUCACCAGCCUCGCUGGCAAUUCAUGGCAAACGUUGAAUGGCGGUCGUGCGGAACGAAAUGAAUACAUUCUUCUGCACGAAUUCCAUAAACUCAAGUACAUCUGCCCAGACAAGAUCUACGGCAAGAAGAUACGCGUCGAAGAUGCCGAAGACGCCGAAGGCGGCGGGGGUAAAUCCAAGAAGAAGCGGGACAAAUACAAGGGCGGUCUUGUGUUCGAGCCUAAGCGAGGGUUGUGGGACAAGUACAUUCUCGUCAUGGACUUUAACUCGCUGUACCCCAGCAUCAUUCAAGAGUACAACAUAGACUUUACGACGGUCGAUGUCGAAGAGCAGUUGAAUGACGAAGGAGAAGAGAAGAUCCCUGAUCCGCCAUCUCCGCAAGUGGGACAGGGUGUUCUUCCCCGUUUGAUCGCCACUUUGGUUAGACAGCGACGGACAGUCAAGUCUCUCAUGAAAGACAGGUCUACUCCGCCGGCCAAAAUGCUACAGUAUGACAUCCGACAACAAGCCCUGAAGCUUACUGCCAACAGCAUGUACGGCUGUCUCGGAUUCGAAUACUCGCGCUUCUAUGCUCGGCCGCUGGCUGCGCUGACGACUUUCAAGGGUCGUGAGAUUCUGACGCACACUCGUGAGCUUGCUGAGAGCAUGGAUCUGGAUGUGGUCUAUGGAGACACCGAUUCGGUGUUCGUGAACACGAACGUGCUCGAGCUGCCCCAAGCAAUCAAGAUAUCAGCGGAUUUCAAGAAAGCGGUCAACGAGCAGUACCGACUGCUUGAGAUUGAUCUGGACGGCGUGUUCCAACGUCUACUGCUGCUGCAGAAGAAGAAGUAUGCCGCACUCAAGGUCGAGGAGGGAUCUCGGACAUCAGUGGAGGUCAAGGGUCUGGAUAUGAAACGUCGAGAGUACUGCACGCUCUCCAAGAAUGUGUCACAAUAUGUUUUGGACCAGAUCCUCUCUGGAGAUCCGCAGGAUGAUGUGAUUCAAAACAUCCACGACUUUUUGACGAAUAUCGGCCAGAAUGUUCGGGACGGCAAGGUCAAGCUGGAGGAGUUUGUCAUCUUCAAACGUCUCGGCAAAAACCCGGAGGAUUAUCCUGACAUUAAAUCGCAGCCGCAUGUGCAGGUAGCACUGCGAAUGAAGCUGCGUGGUGGCAAUGCCAAACAUGGGGACGUGAUACCUUACGUUUUCUGUCUGUCUCCCGGAGAGCAGACGGCCAAGACUGGGCAGGCAGACCGUGCCAAGCAUCCCGACGAGUAUCGGAAGGAGGGGUCUGAGCUGAAACUGGAUGUCGAGUAUUAUCUGGCACACCAGGUUCUACCACCCAUUGAGCGGCUGUGCGAUCCGAUUGAUGGUACCGACCGAUCCCGUCUUGCGGAAUGUCUUGGGCUGGAUCCAACCCGGUACAGGACAAGCUCGUCCAGUGCCUCAGACGAGCCAGCAUUCGCGGGAUACGAUUCCUUGAUGCCGGACAGCGAACGCUUCAAGGAUGCGGUGCCUCUCGUUGUAAGAUGUCGAAAGUGCCAAGUUGAAGUCGCGUUCGGCCCGAUCCACGACCGAGAUAAAUGUAUACUGCAGACAGAAGGGCUGACCUGUCCUGAAUGCAAACAAAGUAUCAGCCACGGCAGUCUCCAGAUGCAGCUUGAGACGCAAAUCCGCAAGCACAUCAACAAAUACUACGAAGCUGUUACCCGUUGCGAUGAAUGUGGGCGAGAGACCCGUCGAAUGGGUGUCAGUGGUCGGCAUUGCCUGCAGAAUGGUUGUAGCGGCAAUGUCAACUUGCUGUAUGACGACAACAUGCUAUACAACCAAUUGCGUUACUUUUCAUCGCUGUUUGACAUGGAAAAGGCGGAACGCAGUGCUGUAGGGUCGACACAUAGCGAUCUGGUGGCUGCUGUGAUCUCGAAUAAUGCUGGCUUUCUGAGAGCAAUGAUGGCCUGCGUAGAGCGAUAUCUGGAUCAGUCGGGGCGGCGGUGGGUUGAGCUGAGUGCCAUCUUUUCAUGGAUGAAUGUCGACGAGAAGUAGCUGUUGUAUCUGUACUUAGCUCAUGUAAGCAUGUAUUUUCUAGAGCCUGAGAUGCCGUUCAUGGGUCUUCAGAGAGCCGAGCUCGCCGAUUUCAUAACAUGCGGGCCCAGUGUUGUGGCUGGACUUCCCGCUGAAGAAGCGAUUCCUGGCCUACCAACGUGAUUGAGGCAGCGCUCACGGGAUCAAAUCUUUGACGUAUUGAUUGAUGACACUGCUUCGCAAUCGAGACGACGCUGUCAAUUCAUUGUCAGUCUUGACUCUCUUCCAUUUCCAAGGUUCCAACUGUCCAGGAUGGCCGCCUCGUCGACUAUCUACAUUCCUAUAGUCUCGCCGCCCACUCCUACUGCGUCUCCCGGCCCAGAAUCAGACCUCACGCAAUGCGCCCAUAUCCCCAUCGCUCUACCCCAGAACCCGGCACUGCGACAACGCUACCUCGCGUCCAUCCUGCAUUCCCUGACCCCCGCUGAACUUUUAUUCGUCUCGACCACAAUCGCCCCGCUGCUCAAGCGAGACUUCCUCUCGGAGCUCCCCACCGAGCUUGCGUUGACCGUGCUCAGUUUCAUCGACGACCCACAAACGUUGGUGACCGCAAGUCGCGUGAGCAGGCGGUGGAGGGACAUGGCUGCCGACGACUGGAUAUGGAAGGGCAUGUGUCUGCGUCUCGGGUUCACCAUGCAGGAGAUGCUCGACGACCAGCUCUUGGACGACACGAAGAGGGACGAAGAUCCCACUCGCUCGAUUUGGGCGAAACAGCUGCCGAGGGGGAGAAGUCGCGAACUCGAGCAGCUUCCGCCCGCGAUGUCGUAUCAUGACUAUUUCAGGAAGUCUUACAGGACCAUGAUGAAUUGGAAACACGGGGGCCGUCUUCUGCGCUGCCACCGAAUGGCACCCACGCCCGCCCCUCCGAACCACAACGCCGGCGGGCCUCUGAACUCGCUUGAUGUCAUCACAUCUGUGGCCCUGGAUAGUGACUGGGUCGUUGUUGGACUCGCGAACAGCAAGAUCCACGUCUUCAGCAGCCGGACCGGGGUCCUCGCGCGGACCUUGGUCGGCCACGAAGCAGGCGUCUGGGGUGUCUGUCUCGUCAGACACGGAGGCUCCUGGGUUGGGGAUCCCAUAGUGCCUGAACCCACCGCCGCAAGGGCUGCGGCUGCGUCAUCGGUGAAAUGGCGGAACGCACUUGGUCUGGAUCUGCCAUUUGAUUCACAGCCAGCCCUCUUCCCCGGAAAAAGAUCGUCGCCAUCUGCUGCUUCGGAAGGCUGGGGUCAGCCGAACGAUCUGGUCGUCAGCGGGGGGUGUGACAAGGUGCUUCGGGUAUGGGAUGUUCGAAGCGGGUCUCCCAUUCAUGUGCUUUCCGGGCACACUUCGACUAUCCGAUGCCUGAAAGUUUUGCACAAUCGGCCGUUGGCGGUGACCGGGUCCCGCGACUCGACCCUGCGGGUAUGGGACGUUCAACAGGGACGACUGGUGCGGACGAUGACAGGCCACACGGGAAGUGUCAGGUGCUUGGAUGUCUGCGGAAAUCGAGCGGUCAGCGGAAGCUACGACGCGACCUGCCGUGUCUGGGAUCUCGACUCAGGGGAAUGCAUACAUGUCUUGCGAGGACAUUUCCACCAGAUUUAUUCGGUCGCGUUUGACGGAACGCGGAUUGCCUCAGGAGGACUGGACACUAGUGUCCGAGUGUGGGACGCACUCUCCGGACAAUGUGUGGCCCUGCUGCAAGGCCACACUGCGCUCGUCUGCCAGCUGCAGCUCUCGCAGUCGAUAGCGACGACGCUGAAUCCGCACCCGGACCCGAUCCUCGUGACCGGCGGUUCCGACGGGCGAGUCAUCACCUUCUCGCUCGCUUCGUACACGUCGCUGCACCGCAUUGCGGCGCACGACUCGAGUGUGACUUCGCUGCAGUUCAACGACCGCUGGCUUGUGACCGCGGGGAACGACGGGCGUGUCCGGUUGUGGGAGAUGGCGACCGGCGCGCAUGUCCGCGAGAUGACGGAAGUCGGGGAAAGUGUGUGGAAGGUCUGUUUCGACGGCGGCCCUGGGGAGAUCAUGUCGAUCAUGUGCAAGCGUGGUGGGAAGAGUGUCAUGGAGAUCUGGAGCUUUAGGCCGGAGGAUGGUAAAUUGCAGGGAUAAUUAUCGUGCCUGGGUUGUAUUAUCAAUAAGUACUAGAUCAUAUAAAUUCACCUAGUUUCUUCGGCGACUGUUUAUGACAUGCAUCUUGGAUCUCAGAAAUGAAGUUUCGAUUCCUGCGAUUCCCAGCUCGCUCGGUUUCAAGGACGUUGAGUCUCGACUCUCAGACCAGGGCCCGUGCUUGGAUCUGCGAUCAUCGUCUUGUUUGAUGCGGUCACGUCAACCGCAGCUGAAAGUUGAACCUUGACACAAUGACACUGACAGUUCAAGUCCAACUCUCAGAUAUGAAUGAGGCUUUCUGCCUCUCACUGACAGGUCCCCGACGGCCAUGAGGCGUCUUAUCAACCUCUUAUCGAUGAGGGACUUCUAGAGGAUAUCUUGUCGUGCUAUCCAUCUGAAUCACGUUUAAUGGCAAGCGUGGGCUCACUUCUACCGGCUCGUUAACUGCUGCCUCUCCAAUCGCACUCGUGAUGCCGCUGGAAAUGGCUUAUUUACGGAUGGACUCUGCGCACCUGAGUGCUGCUCUCUUGUUGGCUGUUGGGGUGCUUGCCGGGUCCGCCUUCGCGUACAGGGACGAUCUGUGGUUCCUCCGCAAGAAACGGGCCAGUGGCUCGGCCACGAGGCAGACAUCCGCUGUGGCUAGGGCCGCGCAUCGCGCCGCUGGUGGUCCGUCCUGUCCUUGUUAGCUGUGCGCUGUGCGCUGAGGAGCCUCGGCUUAUCCGGAUGCAGAAUGGGAGCCCCAGGCGUUCAGCUACCCCGCUUUCGACGCUUGUGCUGUGCCGCUCGAUGAGAUACGGCCCCAGAUGUACCGGCCGUUCCGGUGGGGCGAGUACCACGUGACCAUGGGCAUCAGGAACAUGCACUGGGGCGAGUGGAUCGAGCUGGACGGCAAAUACGAGACGUACCGGCGCAUCCGCCGCGAACGCCUCCGCACGAAAGGACGCGACGUGCUCCAAGUCCUCCCGGACUCGGUGCGCGUACACGACGGCGAAGAGGCUGUGCGCGUCGGCGGCGGGGCUGCCGGCGCGAUUGAGCUCGCCCACGAGCUUGCUGAAUAUUUGUCGCGCCGGUAUCCAAAGACGUUCGAGGUCACGCGGCAUGCAGCAGAAUCGACUGAGAGCGUUUAUCCGUGCGGGUGGGACGGGUUGCCGCCGGUGGAGAGUAUUCGCAAUGCGGUAUCGGACGAGCGAUAUUCCCUUCCGCUGCCGCUUCCUCUUGAUCCGCACAAGGUCGUGGAGGAUCUGGUGCAGCAGGGAGAAGAAGCAAUGCGUAUUGCAGCGUCGCUUGUCCAGGACGAUCUUGCUAUCAUGGUCGAAGGAUCGAAUGGAGAUUACUAUUUCCAGGCUGGGGCGAUCCUCGUCGGCGGAUUCUGGCGGAUGAAAGAUAAACUGGGCAGACGAAUGGAUGAAAUACAUCUCAGUGGACACGAUCGCUUCUCUGCAGACAAAGAGAAACUGCACACAUCUCUU